CUGGAGAUGAAGGGUCUCCUCACACUGGCUUUCUUCCUGGCUUGUAGUGUGCCUGCUGUCCCAGGGAGCUUGCUGGAGCUGAGGUCGAUGAUUGAGAAGGUGACUAGAAAGCCCGCCCUGACGAGCUAUGGCUUCUAUGGCUGUUACUGUGGCUGGGGGGGUCAAGGGACCCCCAAGGAUGGGACUGAUUGGUGCUGUUGGAUGCAUGACCACUGCUAUGCGCAGCUGGAAAAAAAAGGCUGCUGUGUCUUGACACAGACAUACAGAUACAGAGUUGCACGGGACCUGGUCACCUGUGAAUGCGGGUCCCUCUGCCAGCUGCAGCUCUGCGCCUGUGACCAGCGUUUGGUCUACUGCCUGAAAAGAAACAUGAGGAGCUACAACCCUCAUUAUCAAUACUUUCCCAACUUCCUCUGCACCUAGUUCCCCUCCCUCAGGGAGCUCCUGCUGGACCAAGACUCACACUCCCUUUCCUACAGCGCAGAGCUCGCCCACUCUGCCAGUUUCCCCAGAGAGGCUCCCAAGGCUGGGACCUCAAUCUUUCUUGAUACUCCACAGGGCUUGGAGGAG